AUGACUAUUUAUAACGUGUAUAUAUUCGAUCGAGAAGGCCAAUGUCUUUUUUAUGAUGAAUGGUUUCGUACAAAGCAAUCAGGAUUGUCAAAAAUUCAGGUAAUGUUUUAUUUUUAUAAAAUUAAUUGAUAAGAUGAGUAAAAGGUCACGUUUGCAAUUUUUAGGAAUAUAAACUUGUCUUUGGUAUGAUGCUCUCAAUGAAAUCAUUUUCUGAAAGACUCGCAACUGCAGAUUCAAAUCAAACUGUUAAUUUCUAUAAAACUUCGACAUAUAAAAUGACGUUUUUAGAAUCUGCGACUGGAAUUAAAAUUUUAAUAAAUACAGAUCCAAAUGCGAACGGAAUCAGAGAAUUAUUGCAUAAAAUUUAUCAGGUAUUUAUAAUUUUCAAUUCGAAAAAAUAUACAAUUUUAUUGAUUUUUUUCCAGGCAUGGACUGAAACUGCGAAUAGUGCAGCUCGUCUAAUCUCAUCCGAAACAGAACCCGACGAAAGUUUUUUGAAAUCCCGAGUGAAGCAAAUUGUGACAAAACAUCCUUGUUAUGUAUAG